AGCAGAAAUGAGGGAACCUCAGUGGUCCUACCCAUCAAACUCACCGGCUAAUAGAGUCGCCGUUUCAUAUCAACAACGUUUUGAUCAAAUAUCUUAAACUAUUUCCAAUAACAAUUAAUUCCCAUUUUCAUCUUCAUUCAAUAAUCGGAAGCUUCAUAUUCAUCUUCCUAAUUUGUAUAUACAAAAACUCAAUUCAGAAAAGGAUUAUCGGAUCUCGUUUAGUUGAAUUGGAAAUUGUGGAUGGCGAAUUUGUAUGUGACGGCGGUGCCGCCGACGGAUCUGAAUCGGAACACUGAGUGGUUUACGUAUCCAGGUGUAUGGACAACUUACAUCCUAAUUCUAUUCUUCUCAUGGCUCGUUGUUCUCUCCGUCUUUGGUUGCUCUCCUGGCAUGGCUUGGACCAUCGUUCAUCUCUCUCAUUUUCUCGUCACAUAUCAAUGUUUUCACUGGAAGAAGGGAACACCAUUUUCUGAUGACCAAGGUAUCUACAAUGGAUUGACUUGGUGGGAGCAGAUAGAUAAUGGGAAGCAGCUUACUCGCAACAGGAAGUUUCUAACAGUUGUCCCUGUGGUGCUGUACUUGAUAGCCUCUCAUACAACCGAUUAUCAACACCCAAUGUUGUUCUUCAACACUGUCGCAGUUUUUAUACUGGUUGUUGCCAAAUUUCCAAAUAUGCACAAGGUUCGUAUUUUCGGGAUAAAUGCAGAUCAAUGAGCUUGGUUUAAUUGAAUACAUAACACAGAAAGAAAUAAUAUUUGAUUUGCAUUAGCAUCUUGAGUAAACUAAGAUGCCUCUGUACACGGUUUUGAAAGAUUUCGAUUCGAUAUUUUCGCUUUUUUAUUUUAAAAGUGUAAUACCAGUAUCAUAUCGAAAUAUAUUUGUUAUGGUUCUAUUUUUCCCUUUU